GGAAAAUUUUCUUUAAACCCUGACUUGAGGUUUUUACGGCGAAAAUUUCCCGGCGAUUCACUGCGCCAAUUCUCUCGCCGUCAUCUUCCCGCUCCCGCUAUCUGAGAACGAGCAGUUUUGGAUGCUGUACGGUGAGAGAUAUUUUGUACAUGGUGGCUAGGUGGUUAUGGUUUCUGUUGGUUUGAAAGCUCUGACAUCGAGGCGACAUAGAACCUUUAUUUCAAUUGAAGACCGCUUAAUGGGUGAGGAUAAAUUAACACAUAAAAGCGGGAGAAGGAAAAAUGGCAUGAGUAGGAAGGCUGAGAAGGGAGGUAAUGGUUUUGAUGGGAACGACGCCCACAAGAACGUGUCUGGGAUGACGUAUGGUGGCACACUGAGCUCUUAUAAAAAGUUUUCCAAGAAUAAAAACACUUCCCCACGGACCACACCACAAACUUCAGUCAUAAGGAAGCAGGUUGAUCCUGAAACAACAAAAUACUUCUCGGAGAUUGCCAAUUUAUUUGAAAGCAAUGAGGCUGACUUUGAAGAGCGAUCAGUUAUAUGUGGUAAUGCACUAGAGGAAGCUAUGGGGAAAGAGUUUGAACUUGCCACUGAUUAUAUCAUAAGCCACACAAUGCAAAGCCUUCUUGAAGGCUGCAAUGUUGAUCACCUUUGUAGUUUCCUCCACGGUUGUGCCAAACAGUUUCCAUUUAUUGCAAUGGAUAGAUCUGGCUCACACGUAGCUGAGACAGCUAUCAAGUCUUUAGCUAUGCAUCUAGAGGACAAAGAUGUUUAUCCUCUGGUUGAAGAUACUUUAACUGCAAUAUGCAAGGAAAUUGUAGCCAAUCCUCUGGAUGUGAUGUGUAACUGUUAUGGUUCUCAUGUUCUCCGAAGUCUUCUUCAUCUUUGUAAAGGAGUAACGUCAGAUUCUUCAGAGUUCCAUACCAGAAAAUCGUCAACAGUGGUAGCAGAGCGGUUUAAUGUCAAGGUGCCUCGUUCUAGUGGAGAUAGUGGGUUCCAUAAUGAGCGAGGCUUCCCAGAAUUACUGAAGUUGCUUGUCUUUGGGAUGCUGAAGGGUGCAAGAAAGGAUGCCAGGAUCCUUCAAGUUGAUCAGUACGGCAGUUUGGUUCUUCAGACUAUUCUGAAGUUGUUGGUGGGGCAAGAUGACGAGCUGAGGCAUAUAAUUCCCAUCCUCCUUGGCUGUAGUGAGGAAGAGGCUGUGGGAGGAACUUUUAUACAAAUAUCCGUUGUUCCAGAUGUUGUAGAUUUGAUGAAAGAGACUGCAUUUAGUCAUUUAAUGGAGGUGAUUUUGGAAGUGGCUCCAGAAGAUCUAUUCAAUGAACUCUGCACAAAAGUUUUCAAGAAUUCAUUGCUAGAGCUGUCAUCUGAUCCCUGUGGAAACUUUGCUGUCCAAGCACUAAUUUCUCACAUAAAAUAUAAAGAUCAAAUGGACUUGGUAUGGUCAGAGAUUGGAACAAAAGUUAGAGAUCUUCUUGAAAUGGGGAGGUCAGGAGUUGUCGCUUCUCUAAUUGCUACAAGUCAGAGGCUUCAAACACAUGAACUGAAGUGUAGCGAGGCUCUUGUUCGUGCUGUAUGUUCAACUGAUGAUUCCCCGAGAUGCAUUGUUCCUCGAAUAUUAUUUAUUGACAGAUAUUUCUCUUGUGAAGAUAAAGCCAAAUGGGAUUUUCCUAGUGGAGUUAAAAUACAUGUCAUGGGCUCUCUAAUCCUGCAGGCAGUAUUUCGAUAUCGAAGUGAACUGAUUCAACCUUACAUUACAAGUAUCACAUCAAUGGAAGCCGAUCAUGUCCUUGAAGUAGCAAAAGACUCAAGUGGAACUCGUGUUAUUGAAGCUUUUUUAAAUUCUGACGCCCCUGCAAAAUUGAAGCGAAGAUUAGUGAUGAAGCUACGAGGACAUUUUGGAGAGCUCUCAAUGCUGUCAUCAAGUUCCUUUACAGUUGAGAAGUGCUUUAAUUCCAGUAACAUGUCACUACGGGAGGCCAUAGUGUCUGAGUUGGUAGAUUUACAAAGCGAUCUCUCCAAAACGAAGCAAGGACCUUAUCUCUUAAGGAAGUUUGAUGUUGAAGGGUUUGCAUUCCGACCUGACCAGUGGAGGUCAAAACAAGCAUCGAGGGAAUCAACUUACAAAGAAUUUCAUGAUAUGUUUGGGUCUGGCAAGUCCAAAUCACAGAAGACUGAGGGCUUCCUUGCUGAUAGUUCGAAGCAUACAUCGCAUCCCAAGGAUGUGAAGACAAUGAGGAAAGAGAUUGAGCAUCACACGACAUCUGAUGUACCUUUUCUGGCGAUGUCUGGGUUCAAGGGCAAGUCAGAAAAAAGUAACCACGGUGGUAAAAAACAUUCCAGAGCUUUCAUGGAUAAUGAUAUCUCAGAAGGGAGAACCGAAAAAUCCAAAAGGAAACGGAAUAAGGAUCAGUCUGAGAAUGCUGCUGCUGCUAGCAAAAGGAAACGAAAAGUGUAGAUAGGUAUCAGAAACACUCCUUACUACCACUGCAGCAGCCGCGCAAAACCGUUGCCUGGCAGAAAGUCUUCAAAGGUAAGCUAGUCAGUGCAGUAAAUUGUAGCUUAAGAAUUCCACUGAGAAAGUGGGAGCUUGAUGGUGUGGAUGAUCUAGUUUUUAGCUACAGGUUUUUUGGCGCUGUGGCAUAGGCUUGCUUUCAUAGGAAUAUAGAGGAAAUGGUCUGUCUUCUCCUUUUUGGUGGUGGGGGAAGAUAUUUGGAUGCAGCAUAUACAAUACCUGGUGAUUAGAGGUCAGUAUUCAAAUUUUUUCUUCAAGAAAUUAUUGAUCUUCACGUCGGAGGACACUGUGAUCUUUAUCUGCCGACCACAUUUAAAUCACUGUCCGAGAUUCUGUUGUCGGAAGACUUGGAUUGUUUAUGUCUUUGAUUCACAAAAUAAGUAACAUGUUGUCUUCCCGUGUUAAUUUUAUUUUAAAUUUAUUAUUGCUUAGGAAAUUAUGCAACUUUUUCAUACGUAAACUGAUGUCUCCUGACCCGAUGAACACUGCUUCACAGUAAAAUCUUCAUUUUUCUGAGUGAUUGCAAGUUUCUAGAGAUCUUCUGAUGCUAUUUGGACUUUAAAUGUA